AUGCUGAAGAGUACCGAAAUCAAAGCAAUCACGAGCGAAAUCCUUGGCCUAUAUACGCCUGCUUUGGAACUAAGGGCGGCGAAGACAUUGGAGCUUGAUGGCGUUGGAGAUAUGGAGUUACUUGCAGUGGGCAUAGAUUUGAUGAGCGGAGUACUUGUGGUCUUUCCCGGCAUUGCUGUUGUUGAUAUACUGCCUUCAGUUGGUGUAAAUGUCAAUGCCAGAGAGUACCAGCUAUGGUUCGGUGUAUGUCCUUCGGAGAUGGACAGCGAAGGUGUUGCACUUGAUCUCAAGAUCGUGCCACUUUCUGAAAUGGGGACUGGAGCAGGUAUCACUGUGCAGGCUGUCGCAAAGUUGUUGACGCCCACAGUGGUGCUUGUCGUGCGUACGUCCUUGUCCGUCUCCCAAGUGAUGGCUUGGAGGUUAAAAUCGCCCUUGAUAUCUAGACAAAUACAGCAUUUAGCCAACAAUGUGCUAACAAUCAAAGAGAGGAGGGCAGCGUAG